CUCAGGAACGCAUAUUUUCUUUUCGGAUUCUCCGAGAAGGGGUGGAGUAACAGGAUGGGAACCGGAUUGGUUGCAGUGUGGCACAGACCUGGAACCUUCCUGAAAGAGGUUGGGGCAGGCAGUGACUGUUCAGACGUCCAAUCUCUUUGGGACACCUCUUCAGCGCUGUCUUCCCUGCCUCUGCCUUUAGGACGAGUCUCAAACACCAACAAACGCAAGGCACGUCCCCCCUCUCAGGUCAGCUGCGAAGGCAUGGGAGCAAGAGAGAGCCUCUCCCUCCUUCUACUUAGAGUUUGUUUGUUUGUUUGUUUGUUUCAAAUAUUAAUGGAAGAUAAAACAACACGGAUUUGUCACCUCCUAGCGAAGGGGAAGCCACCGCCACCACACCCCUCAAGCAUGCCCGGGCACUCCUGGGGACAAUCGGACGUGGCAGGAGUUGGCAUGCCCAAGAUGAAGCUGGGAAGGAUGACCCAGAGUGGAAGGCGUGGGCUGGGGCUCCAGGUCUCAGCUCUCGCCAGCGUCGGACCACACAGCUUUGCCAGCUUUGCACCUUGCCUUUCCUUCUUGUGAGGCAUCUGGGACCGUCCUAUCAAGGCGCUUCAAAGGUGGAAGGACAGAGUGCUGGGGACAAGAACGUACCAGGCGCCCAGAAGAUUCCACUAGCGCGGCCAAACACUAAGACCAGGUUUCCUCCCUGCGUGGUGGUCGUUGGUUGUGCACGGGCUGCGCAGGAAGACUGAAUUCCUGAGAAAUGGAAACUGCAUGAGAAAAAUCAAAUAAACUUAGAGGCCUGUGAAGCUCUCCCUCUUGUCGCUCUGGGACCGCUCUAAGCUGAGCUACAUCUCAGAUACCUUCUCCCCCUGGAGGAUGGGCCUUUCUCAGGCACGAAGUGCGUGUGCCCCACUGGGCUCUUGCCCACAAGAGCAGUCUGAACCCUGGAGAGGCUGACACCGAGGUGUCUUGAAGGAAGCAGGCACACUCUCAUGCUUCCCCACCUAGGGUUUUGCCUUUCUUCUAAUAUUUAGGAUUCCCAGUGAAGGGUACUCCACACACACCCUCUCCCUACCCCUAAUCCCACCCCAUUGUGUCUGAUCCCACAAUUACUCCCAGGGUAUCUAUACUCAACAGCUUUUGCGCUCAAAGAACAUUGUCGUCUGCAGGGAACGGGUGGAGCCCUUCUCAGAAGCUCCCGGGGGCGAGUCCAUUUUAAGAAUGAGUUGAAGUAGGAAAGAAAACACAGAUGCUGUCUUUGCAUUCGACAUUCUAUCACCAGCAAGAGAAUAUGUAACUCCUGUUCUUUCCUUCAUUAUUCCAUGAAUUACCUUUUUUCUCUAGGGAUCUACCAGUUGGUGAUUUAGGGCUUUUAAAUAUUAUGCUUGUUAUGUAUUUAACAAAAUGCAAUAUGUCUACUGGUGGCAUUGUUUCCUUGGGAAAUUAGAAAAGUAGAAACUACAUACUCUAGUUCCUAGGUGGUCUCUGGAAAGUUGGCCUCAUGCUGGUUGGCUAAAUAAUAAGUGUUUAGGAUUUGAAAGGAAGAAAGAGAGCUGAAGGCCUGGUGACAGAGUUUGUGAGAAACAGAAGAUGUAACACUCUGGCAUUUGUUGAGGGGAUGAGGUAGAACUUUUGAAAAAUAAGCUAUUCUAUUCAGUUUUGUGCAAAUUUAUUGCAGUUGCUUCAUAGAGGAAGAAUAAUGUUUAGAAUGGAAUAAUUGCAAAUGCUAGUGAUGAAAUCUAAAGGAAACCUCUACUCAUAGUUAACUGAAAGUAUUUUUGUUGUUGUUGUUUAAAUACUUAUCUCAUUGCUUUCUUUCCUUUGCAGAAUUAUUUUCCUAUAAUAGUUUCCAUUAGGUGUCAGUCUGAACUGGUUCUUACUUAAGUUAGGGGUGAAAAUGUUCCAUCAUCACACCUUUUAAGAUAAGAAAGUGGGAAAAAUUAAAGCUGUAUUAAGUUGAAAUUACUGGAGUUAAUUUUUAUUGUUAAAGGCAGCUUUUUUCUUCCCAGAAAAAAUAAUUUUAAAUUAUGUCGCCACUAGUCAAUGACUGCUUUUGCCCUGUCACUGUCCAUAGCCAUGAUUAAAGAAGUACAAAAUGCUUGUUUGUGCUUUUCAUGCUAGAUCCAAGUAGUGUUAAGUAGUCAUAAUUUUUGGAUGGCUUUUCAAUUGAUGUCCUAAGACUAGAAGGGUAAGCAGCCUUUUCUAAUAUUUCUUUUGCUUUACAAAGGUGAUAGAAAUUUUUCCUGAAAAAAGGAACAUGGAUUCAGCUUAAGCUGUUCAUUUGACAAUACUGAGGGCACAGUAAAGGAGGAGGGAGACAAAUUGUGAAAAUUCCUUUUGUCCACUAGUUUUACUUUAAUAAAUCCUGCUUAAAUACUCAGAAUUUAUGAACACAAUUUAUGAUGUAUAGGUGGGAGAUUUUAGGUCGCCCAUUUAAAUUUAUAUAAUGUCUAUAAAUGGUCAAUUUUAUACUAUAAUAUUCAUUAAUAAGCAUAAGAAACAUCAUCUUGAUUGGUCAUUUGCUACUGAGUCCCGAGUAAGUAGCUUGAUAGAAACUGCAUUUUUCAGAAAAUUUGCUUAUUUUAUUCUUUGUAUUUGUGAAUUCUGUUCUGAUGUUGUUGCUUGAAUAAAAUUGUGGGGAGUGGU